UAAAAUUAGAGAUUUAGGUGAUAUUUAAACGAGCGCCUAAAGUUAAAAACUUUUAAACCCAGAAAUCACCAAAAAAAAAAAAAGUACAUUUCCUUUUUUUUUGUUCUUAAAUUUUUCUGUGGUUCCGGUCACCGCAGCUCUGUCAUCAUCUUCUUCUUCUUCAUUUACCAAUCUGAAAUCUACUCAGAUUCUUUGUGAUUUUCUCCUUAAAAUCUCGAUCUGUAUCGUACAGUGACUUGUGAAAUUAGGAUCGUUGUGUCUGUGUUUUCUGGUUACAGUUUGUAAAAUUUGAAUAUUUGUGUGUGAAGUCAGAUUCAGUUUCGUGAGCUGUUCGGAUUUGGUUUGGGGGUAUAUAUAUAGCGUUGUGUGAUCUAUUUGGGGGGUUUUGGUUUCCCUUUUUUUCUCUCUUGUGAAUUCGUUUAUUGUUGUAUCGUCGGCCCGAGUUUAUCGGAACUCCGGGUCUGACGUGAGUUUUCCAAAUGGCGGCGUCAGAGAGAUCGAUUGACAAAGAAGUCGACAUGGGUUCUUCCUUUCUUCAAAAAUUCAGGCUUUACGAGACCCGCUCGAGCUUCUAUAUGAUUGGAAGAGAUAAAAAUCGAACGUCUUGGAGGGUCCUGAAGUUAGAUAGGACAGAGCCAGCAGAGGUCAAUAUCUACGAAGAUUCAACGGCUUACACAGAAGCUGAAUGCUUUGAAACUUUGAGAAGGAUACACGAGGGAAACAGAUCAUCUGGUGGUUUGAAAUUUGUCACCACCUGCUACGGGAUCAUCGGAUUCAUAAGGUUCUUGGGACCUUAUUACAUGCUGAUAAUCACUAAAAGAAAGAAGCUUGGUGAAAUUUGUGGGCACACUGUUUAUGGUGUUGCGAAGAGCAAGAUCAUCACGAUUCCACAUGCCUCUGUGCUAUCCAAUGUGGCUUAUUCUAAGGACGAGAAAAGGUUUUCUUAUGUUACUUCUGCUUGUAAAAUGGAAAACCUGUACCUUGCUACCUUUAUCCUUACAUUACUUUUCGAAAUUAUAAAGCUUUAUCACUUGUAUUUAGAUUUUAAGACCAUUCUGCUAUCUUUUUUUUUCUCUCUAUUGUGACCCUCUUUGAUCUGCACAAUAAUAGUGUCACAGGUUUCUAUUAGACAAGUUAACAGUUGUUGAGGUAACUGUGAUUGAAUUCGUUACAUGUUCCUCUUUACUUUGUCUAUCGCUGUUGGAGAUAAUCCAGCAGCUUAGAGUUUCAAAUCUUAUUUAGUCUGUAGUGGGACAAUUUUUUGUUGCGCAUUUUUGCUUUUUACUAUUUCUAGGUAUUCUUCUCCUCUGUUUGUACAGUGGACACACUUCUAUUUGUUGUAUUUAUCUUGAUAUGUUAUAUGACAGAGGUACUAUCAAGAAAGGGAGAGCUCAUUUUUAUUCUCUCCUACUGUCAUUUAAUCUGUUAUAUUGUGAACUUUGUAUUAUCUUGUUAACUUCCUUCUUUUUCAGAUACUGAUCCAGGUUCUAAAUCAUGUUUGGUUUUUGUUUUCUUCUGUCUUCCAUGGAAAUUUUGUAGGUACAAGAGGCUGCUCUGCACUGUUGAUCUCACAAAGGACUUCUUCUUCAGCUAUUCCUAUCACAUCAUGCAUACACUUCAGAGGAAUCUGUCUAACAAUGUGGAAGGACACACUUACUACGAAUCGAUGUUUGUCUGGAACGAAUACUUAACUCGAAGGAUUCGGAAUAACGUGAAGGACUGUAUGUGGACAGUUGCCUUGGUAUAUGGAUUUUUCAAACAGGUCAAACUAUCAGUUUCUGAGAAGAACUUUAGAUUGACUCUAAUUUCUCGCAGAUCUCGGCAUUAUGCUGGUACAAGAUAUCUGAAACGUGGUGUAAACGAGAAAGGCAGGGUAGCUAAUGAUGUUGAGACAGAGCAGAUUGUUUUCGAGGAAGCUCAAGAUGGUAAUCCCGGCCGAAUAAGUUCUGUAGUUCAGAAUCGGGGUUCAAUUCCUUUGUUCUGGUCUCAGGAGACCUCACGCUUGAAUAUCAAACCUGAUAUAAUAUUGUCACCGAAAGACCCCAACUUUGAGGCAACCAGACUGCAUUUUGAAAAUCUUGGAAGGAGAUAUGGGAAUCCAAUCAUCAUACUGAACUUGAUAAAGACGCGUGAAAAGAGGCCUCGGGAGACUAUUCUGCGUGCAGAGUUUGCAAAUGCAAUUAGAUUUAUUAAUAAAGGGUUAAGCAAAGAGGAUCGUCUAAGGCCUCUUCACUGGGACUUGCAUAAACACUCCAGAAAAAAAGGCACAAACGUGUUGGCAAUUCUCGGCAGGUUGGCUACUUAUGCUCUGAACUUGACCAGCAUCUUCUACUGUCAAUUAACUCCAGAUCUUAGAGGAGAAGGAUUUCAGAACCAGAAUCCAUCCACCUUGGAGAACGACGAUGGUGAAUGUUCUACUUAUGAUCCACCCAGUAAAGAUGAAACUGCACCAAAUUUGGUGGUGGAAAACGGUAAUGAUAGUAAGGAUGCUAAGGAAGAUCAGCAAAAGGAAGUUACCAUGCUGCAGAAAGGAGUCCUGAGGACCAAUUGCAUAGACUGUUUAGAUCGCACCAAUGUUGCUCAAUAUGCCUAUGGGUUGGUAGCAUUUGGGCGUCAACUCCAUGCUUUGGGAUUGACAGAGUCUACUAAUAUUGAUCUAGACAAUCCCCUCGCUGAAGAUUUGAUGGGAAUUUAUGAGACGAUGGGAGAUACACUUGCACUUCAGUAUGGAGGAUCCGCGGCACACAACAAGAUAUUUUGUGAAAGGCGUGGUCAAUGGAGAGCAGCGACUCAAUCACAGGAAUUCUUCAGAACUUUACAACGUUACUACAGUAACGCCUAUAUGGAUGCCGAAAAGCAAGAUGCAAUUAACGUGUUCUUGGGAUACUUUCAGCCACAAUCAGAUAAGCCAGCGCUAUGGGAAUUGGGUUCUGAUCAGCAUUACAACGCAGCAAGAUUUCUUGCCAAUUCUGUACCAGAGACUUCAAGAUCGACGAUGAAACGAUCUCUAUCAGAAAGUAGCAUCAUUAGCGAGAGCAGUCCAGCCGCAUUGGGACCAGUAGGUAGACAUGGUUUAGCUGAAAAAGAUGAAGAAGUUAAAGGUCUUUCAGAUUCAGCACCGGAGAUCUCAACGUCUGAAACUGCCAAGAUUGCUGCUAGUUUGAGUGCUCCACCACCGAUAUUAGAGGAAUUAGGUUUAGAUGAUAUUCUUGAAAACGAUUGCUUCUGCUGUGAUGGGAAUGGUGAGCAAUGUACAUGUGCAGCUUUUGAUAUGGAUUGGGUAUCUUCUUCAGGAAACUCUUGUGAAGAUGAGAGUUGCGGAAGAGCCACAGUGGUUAGAUCCUUUGAAACCAUCCCUGAAAGUAGAAAAAUAGAGUCAGAAAUUUGUGUUGUUGAAACAGUUGGUUCCAACAGUAGAAAGGGAAAUAAAGAAGAAGAAGAAGCCAUUUCCGGGAUUCCUGAAGGUUAUGUGAGGUGGGUGAUGGAUGAAGACGGUCAUUUCUGGUGAUGAGAGAACAAAGCUUUUCAACAACACCUACAAGCCAUAUGAAACAAAACCAAAAAAAGCAAAACAAAAACAAGAAAGAGCAUACUCUUUAGUCUUUAGUGGGUGACAAAGAAAGAAGAAAAACUGAAAAAGAAUUACUAAUCGCCGCUAAUUUAUGGUUAAUAGAAUUGGAAGAAAAAGGGUGAAAAGGUGAGAAAGAAAGAGAGGAUCACAACAAAUUUGUAAAUAAUUUAUAAAAAAAGACAUGGAGAUUGAACAUGACUUACAUCUUGUUCCAUUUUUCUUUUUGACAUAUUACUUUAAUUUUCUGGAGAACUAUGAUCGAUUGCAAUAAAACAGAGUGAGUACCUUCAUACAA